UAAGGAGCUGCGGACUGAGAGGAACACCUGUCCGCUCCUCCAAGGUCUCCCCAAGAUCAUCACCCCAAGGGCAGGGACUCUCCAGGAAAGACUUCACCCGUUGAAUUCUUUGAGUUCAUUGUGAAUUCGCUGCUCAGAUUUCAAUCUGUUCUCACUAUUACUUUUUGGUCACGAAGGGAUGCUGGCUACGGUCCAUGCACUCGCAGAAAUUAUAAACCAUACUGAAGGAAGAAAGCAGUCCAUCUGAAGCGUGUGUUAAAGGAAAAGGAAGACAGAUAAAAAUAUGGAGCUGCAGCAAGAGGAUGACAUGGAUGAAGAGGAGGGAAAAGAGAAGAAAACCACGGCUCACCCCCAAAGCAACAUGAAGGACCGGCUAGCAGAACUUCUGGAGUUAACCAAGCAGUAUGACCAGCAGCUCUCCGACGGGGACGAUGAAUUGGACUCGCCCUACGAGGACUUCGUGUUCGAGACAGACCACAUCCUGGAGUCCUUGUACCGAGACAUCAAGGGCCUUCAGGAUGAAAACCAGCAGUUGAUGAUCGACGUGAAGCGGCUGGGAAAGCAGAACGCCCGCUUCCUCACGUCCAUGCGGCGUCUCAGCAGCAUCAAGCGCGACACCAAUUCAAUCGCCAAGGACAUCAAGGCCCGCGGUGAGAGCAUCCACCGCAAGCUGCGCGCCAUGAAGGUGCUGAGCGAGGCGGCCGAGGCCCAGCACGGACCCAACUCGGCGGUGGCGCGCAUCUCCCGCGCGCAGUACAGCGCGCUCACCCGCACCUUCCAGCGCGCCAUGCACGAGUACAACCAGGCCGAGAUGAAGCAGCGUGACAACUGCAAGAUCCGCAUCCAGCGCCAGCUGGAGAUCAUGGGCAAGGACGUGUCAGGCGAGCAGAUCGAGGACAUGUUCGAGCAGGGCAAAUGGGACGUGUUCUCAGAGAACCUGCUGGCCGACGUGAAGGGAGCGAGGGCGGCCCUCAACGAGAUCGAGAGCCGCCACCGCGAGCUGCUGAAGCUGGAGAGCCGCAUCCGUGAUGUGCACGAGCUUUUCCUGCAGAUGGCGGUGCUGGUGGAGGAGCAGGCCGACACCCUGAACGUCAUCGAGCUCAACGUGGAGAAGACCGUGGACUACACUGGCCAGGCCAAGGCGCAAGUGCGCAAGACCUUGCAGUACAAGAAGAAGAACCCCUGCCGGACCAUCUGCUGCUUCUGCUGCCCCUGCGUCAACUAGCAGGCUGGCCUGGGACCCCGCACCCCCUCUCAACGGGAAUGGGUUGGGAAGCGCACUGGGAAAGAUUUGGGGGCUCCCUUCACUGGGGCGAGUUGUCCCAACUCGUACGGACCUCAGUUUUUAGAGAAAGAAGAAACCUGAGGUCCAAAAAUUCCAACCCAGCCCAUGCUUGGGACUAUAGUUGAUGCCUUCCGAUGUUUCUGCAGUAAGUACAGAGAUACCCUGAAGUUGUGUGAGGUCGUUAUAUGGCAAAUUGCAUCCUUGCCCUCUUAACAGAAGCCACAUAAAGAACUGACUAGCGAACUGGAGGGUACAUGUCCCAGGCAUGUUUCCUAGUGAAAUUCUAGGAGGAAGUCAAUUCCGCAUUGGCUAAUAGUAUGAACUCAUCAGAACAAAUUCAUACCCUCUCCUGAAAGUACCUUGGUUCUGUUCAAUUUCACGUCUUUCAUUUCCACUCCUCAUCUGGUUUAUGCUGUGUGAUUCCUGUCUAGAAGUAUACCUAUUUCCUUCCUGCUCACCUCCAUACUUAUUAAAAUCACAUUUAACACUCACUAUUUUCUUAUCUCUUUACUUUUAAUAUCUUCCAUCAGAAUAUAGUUGGGAUUUUUUCCCAAAAUAUUUUUAAGCACUGAGUAUUGAACAAGCCCUGAAAUUGAUGUGUGUAUCAGUCACAUUUUAUAUAUUUUUCAUAAUUAAAAAUAAUUUAAAAUUUAUCUUUUUUUACUUGAUUGUUACAAAUGCACAUAUACAUAUGUAAAUUGUGAAGUACUAAUAUUCACUAACACAUGUACAUAAUGACUAAUUGGUUUUCAUUUUACUUUUGUAAAUAUAAACUAUAAAUAUCAGAAAAAACACUUUUACUGGUUAUUGGUGUUGGUUGUCUUGUUUUGAGUUUAUCUCAUUCCCAUCUGCAUAUCCAGUCCAAUUUGGGCAGGAACUUUAUUUUGAACAACUCUGUGUCAGUUAUAGUGAUAAAGACAGAUGUCAACAGCUGAAAAUAAAUCCAGAACUAGAUAAUAAAAUAAAUUUCUUGGAAAUAUUA